AUGCCUCGUACUCAGGAGGAUAUCAUACGGAAUCGUCUCCAAUCCGUUGUCUCCAUCGUCGACGAUGUGUGUAAGAUCUCAGGUGCUCCUUCAGCAUCCGUGGGUAUACUCCACGAUAACAACAUCAUUUUUACUCAGGGCCAUGGAAGACUUGUCGGCAACCAACCCAACGUUACGCCACGCCAACCAGGCCCCGAUACAGUCUACGGAAUAGGGUCCAUGACGAAGAGCUUUGUGGUCGCAUGUCUUGCAAAGGUCCGUGGGGAGGGCAAGGAGGCCAAGUUCGAAUGGAGUACACCGAUGAAGGAUCUGCUUGUUGGUUUCAAUACCGAUGAAAGAAUACAGCACAUGGUCACUCUUUCCGAUUUCCUCUCGCACCGAACGGGACUCAGCGGGGAUAUGUCUAUCGCUCUUCAGGGUGAUCAAGAGUUCCUCCUCCAAAGGGAUCAGGUCUUGCCUGCGGUCGCAACCCUCAAUAAGGUCGGACAAUUUCGAAGUGAUUGGAUCUACAAUAACUGGGGCUACAGUCUCGCGGGCAAAGUUUUGGAGGAAUACUCGAGGAAACCAUUUGAAGAUUGCCUACGAGAACACGUGCUUACUCCCCUAUCACUUCGCAGCACAACGACAAGACCAGAUCCAAACGGCGACUUUGCGUUUGCUCAUGCAGCACUGGACAACGGCGACACCUACCCCCUGCCAAAAAAGAUACCUUUUCAGAAGAGCAUAUUCGAAACUUCUGGGGGAAUCUACUCGAGCGUCAACGAUAUUCUCGCAUGGGCAAAAGCAAUUCUUGCUGCCGAACAAAAGUCAUACUCUGGUCCUCUUAAGGAAGUUCCCACAAUCCUGAGCAACCAAGUACCCUUGGACAACCCAUCCAGAGAUCAUCGCUUCUACGGGUUUGGCUGGGUUAGAACGGCACUUCCGGAUGUUGUGGGCCUGCAGGGAGACAACGCAGAGCUGUUCAACCGGGACCAGCUUCCAGUACUCGGAUCAAAAUCUCAACCAAUGAUGACAUAUUACCAUCAAGGCGCGGGCCUUGGAUAUUAUUCCGCAAUCUUCAUGUUCCCCGCAUCCAAUUCUGCAGUAGUGGUUUUGACGAAUUCGAUGCCACUCAACGACGUGGCAGAUUGGAUCGCUCAAAUAUACAUCACCGCACUGUUCCAAUUUGAAGAUGGAGGAAACACGUACCUUGACAUGGCAAAGAAGUACGUUCAACUGGCGAAGAGAAGUCGGGAUCAGAAACUCAAACUUGUCAAAACAAUGAGAUUGGGUCUUGAAAGCGAGCGCAACACGGGCUGCUUUCAUCCGCGACAAUUGGACUUAUACGCUGGGAGAUACUACAAUGCGAACGGUAGCUGGCCAGGGAACUUUUUCAUCGAAGUCUGUUGUCCGAAGGGUCAAAAAGAAAAGGGUAAUUGUUUGGAGCUCAGGUUCCAAGGACGAGAAUCGCAACUCUAUGAGCUUCGUCACCUCAAGGAUGAUAUAUUUGAGUGGGCGCUAGACUACAACCAACAAGCGCGCCGAGCACGAUUUACGGUAUGGGACUCGGAGUAUUUCAAGAUCCAAUUCAACUUCACUCAAGAGCGGUCUCAAAAGGCCGUUACGCUCAACUGGGCAGGGAACGGGAUGAUACUCACUCGACAUGAGAACAAGAUGCACAUCCCGCGACACUUCCCAAAGCUUUCAAAUGGGAUCUUACCGUUCCUCCAAGCGACGCUUCGUAGGGUGGUCAAGAAGAGCUGGCGCUUGGCCUCGAGAGGUUCAGGAAAAUCUCCAAGGCACCUGCCCGAAAAAGCACACUUCUCGCGUUCAGGUCGGUGA